UUCUAGGGCAUAAUUGUAUUUAUUUGCUUCAUAUUAUUAAAUUGAUAUUUGUAGUGUGAUUAUUAUACAUUUUAAAAGUCAUUUAAAUUAAUUGGUUGGGUAAAAGUACUUACCGUAGGAAAAUUUUGUCUCAUCCACUUCAAUUGUACUGUCUAAGUGGAGUCUGGCUAUGCAUGUGCUCAGAUCACGGACACUGCUUUAAGCCUCUGUUAUACUUUCCUCGUCCGUGAGUCCGCUAUCCGCUCAGCUGACGAGUUCCACACAUGCGCAGUAGAUCGGCUUGAACAGACUAAACAUGGCGAUGUCUAUGCAGGAGGAAGAGCUUCUUUGUCUGCUGUACUUGGCUAAUUCGCAGAAAAAAAUAAAAGACGUAGAGCAAGAAAGUGAUAUGUGCGGCCACUGAAUGGGACCAGGACCAAAGACGGGGAGUUUAGUAUGUUGGUGCAGGAGAUGCAUGCAAUGGACGAGGAGAAGUACCAUCAGAACUUUCGAAUGUCUGCCGCCAAAUUUAACUUCCUGGCCCGCAGAAUCGGUGAACGCAUCCAGCACAAAAGAACACACAUUGCUCUGAUCAGUGUGGCGGAAAGGUUAGCGAUGGUUUUAUGCUAUUUAUCAUCUGGAUGUUCUCAGGUCGGUGUGGCUGCAAGUUACAGACUGGCCAGCUGCACUAUAUUGAAGAUUAUUCCAGAGGUGUGCACGGCCAUUUGGGACACUCUGCAGCUGGAAUUCGUCCCCUUCCCAUCCCAGACACAGUGGAUGGACAUAGCACAUGAUUUUUGUAGAGACUGGAACUUCCCAAUGUGUCUUGGUGCCAUCAACAGGAAGCAUGUCACCAUCAAAGCCCCCCAGAAUGCUGGAAAUGACUAUUUUAAUUUCAAGGGGAGUCACUCAGAUGUUCUGAUGGCUGCUUGUGAUGCCCAUUACCGGUUCACAAUGGUGGACGUGAACACAAUGGAGGCGUCUUCAAGAAAAGUAUAUAUACGGGUCCAAGCUAAUCAAUGGCACUCUGGAGCUGCCACGACCAGCCACCCUGCCAGGCACGGAUGUCACCAACCCGCAUGUUUUUGUUGCAGAUGCAGCUUUCCCACUGCUCCCAAAUCUCAUGCGCCCAUUCCCAGGCUCCAACCUCACGACAGCACAGCAAGUAUACAACUACUGACAUUCCCGGGCCCAAAGGAUCAUAGAAAACACAUUCGUCAUUAUGGCAUCCCGAUGGAGGAUUUUUGAACCCGACCAAUUGACUGCAGCCCAGACAGUGUUUCAAGAUUCAAGAUUUUUAUUUGUCACAUACACAAUUAUAUAGAGCAUAUAUAACCAGCAGUGAAAUGUGAGUCAGGUCCGCUCCAUGGACAGUGCAAU